CUUGUGGCCACCCUUUAUUGGCGCCCAACAGCGUCAUUGCGGCACGGCAGAUAUCCAGCUCGAUAAGUCAUAUAUAGACCCCUUCGCAUUUCUUUUUUUCAUAAUUAUUAAAUAUACGAAUUUAUCCUUGAGGACUACUAAAGACGUAUCAUGUUAUAUCGUCCUUGAAAUGAAUGUUCGGCUUGGAAUAUGAGGACAAACUCGGACGUUCCAGGCCUUAUACUUGAGCAGGCGCAGGAGUCAGAUGCCCAGCGCAUUGUUGACAUUCAUGUCAAGACAUUUAGCUCUAAUCGCAUGCUUCUGGCCCAAUUUCCAACGGCAACUGCUCGAGAGGAACUGAAAACAUUCCUUGUUGACCUGAUAAUACAGGAGAUCUGGGACCCGGGCUAUGCUGUAUUUGUCGUCCGGAACGAUCAGGGAUGUCUUGUCAGUUUCGCACGGUGGUGUCUUCCACGAUAUACCCCUGAUAGUCGCAGAGAAGUGCCGCUGCAAUUACCAGAGGGCACCGAUAUGGGGGUUCUGAAUGCAUGGAGUGCAAGGGUCAUGGAUGUGACACGGAAAGUUAUUGGAGAUACGCCGCAUUAUCAUAUGACCUUCAUUGCUACCGAUCCGAAGUACGAACGUCGUGGUGCGGCGACUUUACUUGUGAGACGGGCUCUUGAGCAAUGCAAUAAGGAAAGGGUGCCUCUAAUCCUCGAGGGUACAUUGAAUGCUAUCCCAUUUUACAUGAGGCUCGGGCUUGUUGACGAAGGGAGUAUAUCAAUGGAUCUAGAAGGUAUUGAAUCUAAACAUGGGUCAAGCUUGUACGAGGAGCGACUCUUUGUUUUUAAGCCACGCCCUGUGGUGAAUUAA